AUGGUGGUAUUUGUAGCUGAAGAUGAAGCCGUGGCAGAAGCUGAUGUCUGGGCUGGCGCGAUAUCCGUCGACGAAACUGAAAAUGAUGUGCCUCCCGUGCUGGACGUGGACGUGGACGUCGAAGACGGCAGAUUCGAAGGUGUAGGAUCUAAAGAGCUGUCGAUACUCGUGGUUUCUGACAAAGAGGAAGAAGCAGAUGCAAUGCUGGAAGUUCCGCUAUUCCCAGACGGGUCCAACGCGCCACCCGGACAUGCGACAGGGUCAGGAACUCCAAAAGCAACACAUGCUGUCGAGGUCCAAGUAACACUGCUGCUGGUGCUUGUAGCUGUGGUCGACGAGUCGGAGACCGAAGAGACAGAUGGGCCUCUCAUGGUCGCAACUGAGGUAGAUGGUGAGAAUGUCGAUGUUUCAAUUGGACCAGUAGUUGGAGUCGGCGAGAAAGUUGUGAUCUAG